UGUCCCUUCCCGUUCCAAAGCACCCCUUGCCCCCUGUGCUCCCCCGUUCCCACCUGUCCGAGGUCACCCCCCGGUGCCCUGAGGAGGUGCCCGGUGUCCCCCCCAGGCCGGGCAGUACGGGGUGGCCCAGACCCGGCGCCGGGCCAUCGUGCUGGCGGCGGCUCCGGGGGAGAAGCUGCCGAUGUUCCCGGAGCCGCUGCACGUGUUCGCGCCGCGGGCGUGUCAGCUCAGCGUCGUCGUGGACGACAAGAAGUUCGUCAGCAACAUCACCAGGACGUAUUCCGGGCCUUUCCGCACCAUCACGGUGCGGGACACGAUGUCGGACCUGCCGGAGAUCCGGAACGGGGCCUCGGCCCUGGAGAUCUCCUACAACGGGGAGCCCCAGUCCUGGUUCCAGCGGCAGAUCCGCGGCUCCCAGUACCAGCCCAUCCUCAGGGAUCACAUCUGCAAGGUGGGGCGGGCUGGGAGCAACUGGGAGCGACUGGGAGCAACUGGGAGAGG